AGUGAUUCUUCCUGGGAUAAGGAGAGGCUGGUGUCGGCCCUGUCUGGAGGUGGUGGGGUGGGCAGAAUAGGGAUGGGGGGACUACAGAGUCUUAACAACCAGGUGAACUCACUACAGAAACAACUACUGGCCAACCGUCUCCAGGACCUCCCCUUCGUGAUGAUGACCCACCCCUUACUUCCUGUCCGGGUGCCCCCGGCGUCGGUUGCCAUGGCGAUGUCGCAGAUGAACCACCUCAACACCAUCGCUAACAUGGCGGCCGCCGCGCAGAUGCACACAUACACACACCAGGCCCCCAUCGUCAAGGAGCGUGUGUGUGACAGUCCAUCCCCAUCUCCUUCUGUCGACGAUAUACACACACCUCUCUUGUCCCAGCAGUCCUCACAGUCCAGCUCUACAGCAUCCAGCUCACCAGACCGUCUAACUCUCGAUAGAGAUGUUACUGAAAGACAAAUAUCAGUGAAUAAAAUAGACAGAGUGAAAGAAGACUCUUCAUUGGCUCUCCCCAUGUCGAAGCCUUCAUUUGAUAGGCUGUCACUAGGCCAGGCCCUGCCCCCUGGCUUCCCUGCUCCCUUCCUGUUUGCUGGUGGAGUUUCCUCUGUUGAGACUCUACUCACCAACAUACAGGGCCUUCUGAAGGUGGCUGUAGAGAAUGCCCGUGUCCAGGACACUCAGAUCCAGGCAGAGAAGAGAGGACUGAAGAUGGAGCUGUACCGAGAGAGAGAGAUGAGAGAGAGUCUGGAGAGACAACUCACCUCUGAGUUACAGAGUAAAGCCUCCAUUCAGAAGCGCUUAAAGAAAGAGAAGAAAGCCAAGAGGAAGCUUCAGGAAGCAUUGGAGUUUGAGUCCAAACGGAGGGAGACGUUGGAGCAUUCUCUCAAACACUCCUCCUCCUUGUUUCCCUCCCCCUCUCCUCCCGACACGCUACACACCAGCAGCAACGAUAUAGUUGUACCUGAAGACUAACCAGAACUGAGUGGAAACCAGGACAAGACACUCUGAUUGGUCAAGAUCUGACCUUCAGUUCUGAUGACCUCACCCCUGACCCCGUCACGGGAAAACACCAGCCCGUUGCCACGACGACCUAGACAGUGGACCUCCUGGAAAGCCCCCUUUCUCAUCCCCGAUGACUGACUAUCGUACGGCCUCAGGAAUAAACGGAUGAACCAAUUAGAGGAGAGUAAAAUAAUAUAUAUAUAUAUAUUGGAUCAGAGCGACAUCAGUGUUCUGUUUGUUCCUUCUGAAACUUGGACUGAUGGGAAGAGAGGAAUGUUGUUUUUUCAUCGCUUCAACUUUACAUCUGUCUAGUUCUAUCUCUUCAACUUUACAUCUGUCUAGUUCUAUCUCUUCAACUUUACAUCUGUCUAUUUCUAUCUCUUCAACUUUACAUCUGUCUAUUUCUAUCUCUUCAACUUUACA